AUGUUCAAGGUUUUCGACAAAAAUGGUGACAAGACAAUCACUGUGAAAGAAAUGGCGACUGGGCUUAAAGACAUGGGCUUUAAUAUGGACAAGGGCGAACUCAAGGCAGCGGUGAAGAAGAUUGAUGCUAAUGGAAACGGCUUAAUCGAGUACGGCGAGUUCCGCACGUUUAUGCUUAAACAGUUUAAACAGUCACAAUCAAGCGGAGAUAAACAGAAGGAAAUCAAGCAGGCUUUCCGGUUGUUUGACAGGGAUGGAAACGGCUUCAUUGAAAGGGGCGAGUUUAAAAAGGCGAUGAAGGCCCUUGGGGAACCAUUAACAGAGGCAGAGUUGACAAUCAUGAUAAAGGAGGCUGACAAGGAUGGAGACGGGAAAAUUAACUAUGAAGAGUUCGUUCAGCUCUGGAUGAAGAAAUUAGAAGAACAGAAGAAGACGUAG